UAUUUGUGUUACUGGGUACCCGGCUGCUCUCCCCUCACCCCCCGACUUGUAACCUCGUUGACGGCUAGGCCGCUGCAUGUCCGAUCCCAGGAACCAAUUGGUACUCGACAAACCCCCAUAUCAUGCAUGCCGCCUCCUGAACCUGUCUUGUCCAUCCCUUCCGGACGAGUUGAUCCCCACAGGUGCCAAAGUUCUCAGUGUGUGGCCCCUCACACGGUCAGUGGCUGCUCGCGGAACCAAUCCCACCACUAGAGGACGUAACUCUGCCUGUCUUCGUCCCCUCGCGCCGCCGACCGCUCUCGUCUAAGUCGGACGAAGCCCCCGUCACCAUGCACAACCAUAUCACACCCUCUGUGGGCGUGGACCAGGAGAGCCACCUUUCGCCCAACAACACAUAUGCUCCUGAGAACUGGGUCGACAUGAGUUCCUUUCAGAAUCAGACCACAAUGCCGGACUACGGAACCGGGUAUGGCUUCAUGCCUCCCAUAACUCAUGGCCUGCCCUCAGAAUCGCUCGGGAGGAUGCCGCCGCCGCCCCCUCCGCCCCAGCCCCUUCACCAGCAGUCUCCCGCGACUCACACGCAGCUCCCGAUGCUCAUGAUGCCUCAUCCGACAUGGCCGAGCAUGUUGACGAAUCCGAACAACUAUGGCCCGCCGCACUCCGCUCCACCUGUCCCCAUCCCUUCCAUCACAGCGCCGCUCAAGACGUCCAAGCUGCCCGCCAUUCAGACUACAUCGCAGCCGAGGAAGACCCUGACAGACGAGGACCGCCGGGCCAUGUGUCAGUAUGCCGAGGACCAUCCGACCGCGAAGCAGACGGACAUUGGCGCCCGGUUCGGCGUUGAGCGGAGUACCGUAUCCAAGGUCUUGCGAAAUAAGGAAAAGUACUUGAACUCGGAGGAGCGGAGUAGCUCUCCCGUCAAGCGCAGCAGCAAGGGGAAGGGCGCCAACGUUGAGAAAGCAUUGAUCAAUUACGUCCAGAAAGCCAAAAAGAACGGCAUCGCGGUGACGAGCGAGGCCCUGAAGGAGAGGGCCCUCGCCUUUACGUCCCUCGCCAGCGGCGACUCGCUUAUGGAAUUUACCAGCUCGGCGUGGCUUGAGAAGUUCAUGUCCAAACAUGGCAUCGGCUCAGGCAAGUUGACGCGCCGUGCGUCAGAGACCAACAUACCGGACAGCGUCCGCGUCUCCGGCUCACCGGCGCUGGCGCCAUCCCAACCGCAAAGCGCCAUUUCCCCCGCUUCCCCGGCAGGCCACCUAUCGCCGUCCCCGUUAUCCGCAAGUAAGAGCGACGAGGAGAAGGAAAACAUGAACCACCUUAUGGGCUUUGCAGCAGACAGCACCUACCGGCACUCGAAUUCACAAAGCACGACGUCCCUGUCUAGCAGCUUUACCGAUGCGGCAACGCCGGCCUUCUCUGGGAGCGCAAUAAGCCCUACUGCCUCCUUCAACUUCUCGCCGGACCCGAACGUUGGAGCAUUCCUCCCCGCAGACCAGGGCAGGCAAGUCCCGCCCCACGGCGCCGGCUUUCAGCGACCACGCAGCCAAACUUUCCCCACUCUCGAUCUCGAGUACUUGAACCAAGCACAGCCUACGGAGCCCGAAACUCCCAAGUAUCAUGUCCCGUCCACUGCGCCGUCGUCGGCCCUGGAGUCGUCAAGUAGCGGGCCGAUCUUUGGCUUCGAACAGGCAGUAUCCCCUCCUCAGCUCCGCCGCAGCAGCAGCAACAGCAGCAUCGCUGGCCGCUCAUCAGCGACUCCCGUCACCUCGAGUGCUAUCGGCUCGUCCCCAGGCUCCCCGACACAGGAGGACGCACGAAGGGCUGCCGACACUCUGCUCUCUUUCAUCACAAACGCCAGUGGACUUGUGGACCAGAACGAGUACAUGGCCGUCGUGAGGCUAACUGAGAAGCUGCGCCUACACCAAAGUCAGGUCACCAAGGCUGCAGCCCACGGGAUGGGAGGGCUGUCACGGAUCCCCGAGGGCGACAGCGAAAUGCCCAAUGCACCACCCGUCAUGAUGAAAAUGGAGUCUACCAUGAGCGCAUAGGGGGUUUGUCUCUGCCUAACCUCGAGCCUUCGAGAAGAGCAAAAGAGGCCACUGGGAGCAGCCGUACGGCCAUGAAUAACCCGGCCACCUACCAUCUUGGGGACAGAGUAGGCACCAGAGU